UCUAGAGUAGUGUGCGUGCUCGAUCGCAUUGCAACACCAAGAAAGCUACAGCCUCGAAUCGAAUAUGGCGUCGCCGGACACAGGAACAACGCCGCCGGCGACGGCUGAUCAGCAGCCGCCGAAGCCGCCAUCAUGGGAGUACCAGCUGAGGGAGUACCUCCUGCUGCUGAGCUCGGUGGUGGCCAUCGCGACGUACUCCGCCGGCCUGGCGCCGCCGGGCGGGGUGCGGCAGAAGGACGCCGGCGGCGGCGGGCAGUACAAGGCCGGCGACCCGACGCUCCAGGACAUCGCCUCCGCCGGCGGCGGCGCGGCGCACGCGCGGUACCUCGCGUUCUACUACUGCAACGCGACCGCCUUCGCGGCGUCGCUGGUGGUGAACCUCCUGCUCCUCGUCCUCGAGGAGGCGAGCACUGUGGGGCUCGCCAUGCUCCGCACGGUCAUGGUGCUCGACGUCCUCGCGCUCAUGGCGGCCUACGCCGCCGGCAGCUGCCGGGACCUGCCCAGCACCGUCUACGUCUCCACCCUCGUGGUCGCCCUCUCCACCUACCUCGCCAUCAGGAUCAUCUACCAGACCGGAGGAAAUCCAUUAAUAUCGGCGACGACCACCACCACCACCUCGCCCGCCGCCGCCGCCGCCGCCGCCGGCGACGACGACGACAACCAGCUGCGCAAGGUGCUGAUGCUGCUGGCGACGUUCGCGACGGAGAUCACGUACACGGCGGGGCUGGGCCCGCCGGGCGGGUUCCAGGACGACGGGGGCCCGACGCUGCGGUCGGCCGGGCGCGGGCAGUCGGCGCGGCUGGCGACCUUCUUCUACUGCAACACGGCGGCGUUCGUGGCGUCGCUGUCCAUCGUCGUGCCGCUGCUGAGCAGCAGGCUGCAGAGGAUGCACCUCGAGCUGUACCCGCCCAUCCUCGCCGCGCUGCUCGGCCUCAUGGGCGCGUACACCGCCGGGAGCUCCAGGGAUCUCAGGACGAUCGCCUACGUCGUCGCCCUGGUCGCCGCGGUGCUUGCGUAUAUCCUCCUCGCCAUGGCGAUUGCUCUGAAGAAGAAGAAGCACGACGUCGACCUCGCCGGUGGGGUAGAAGAUUCAGAGACAGCUAGGCCUCCUAGGAAUGAAAAAGAUGGGCAAUUAGAAGGUGAAAAGGGGAGCAAAAAUAAUGAACCAAUGAAGGAUAACGAUUUUGUACUACUGCUUGCCACUCUCGCGGCCAGCAUCACAUACCAAGCUGGGUUGGACCCUCCAGGAGGCGUCUGGUCAGAGGAUGACAAGCUCUACGGGCGUAAAGCUGGUGACCCAAUACUCUUAUCCACGCAUGUUGAACGCUACAAGGCGUUCUUCUACUGCAAUUCAACUGCGUUUGCAGCAUCCUUGGUUGUCAUCCUAAUGGUCCAGAGUAAGAUUGUUAAGGGCAAAGCACUAGUGAUAGCAACGAUGAUACUGGACCUGUUUGGCCUCAUUGGAGCAUACGCCGCAGGGAGUUGCCGAGAUGUGAGCACAUCCAUCUACGUCAUUGCCCUAGCUGGAGCUGUCCUGGUCUAUGUGGUGAUCCAUGUUGUGUUCUGGCCUGACGAUUGUUACGUGAGCAAUCAGAAGGACAAGGAGGUAGAGAAGCGGAGGGAGCGGCUUCUCCUUCUCGCGAUCCUAGUGGCCACCAUUGCCUACCAGGCUGGGCUAACCCCACCAGGUGGCUUUUGGGACAAAGACGAUGGCGAAUCCGGCCACCAUGCAGGUGUCCCUGUCCUCCUCGACAACUACCCAAGAAGGUAUCAUGCAUUCUUCUACUGCAAUGCAACAGCCUUCAUGGCGUCCGUUGCACUCAUCAUCUUGCUCGUCAACCCUAAGCUGUACAAGCUAGGGAUAAGGUGUUAUGCGCUAUACGUGUGCAUGAUGGUUGGCAUGUUUGGACUCAUGGGGGCCUACGCUGCUGGUAGUGCCCGGAAAGUGCGGACAUCUAUCUACGUCUUUGUGUUAGUCGGUGUGGUGAUUGCCUUCCUUCUCGUGCAACUCGUAUAUUUCAACAUUCAGGCAGUAUGGAAGCAGCUCCUUGUGUUCCUCAACGUCAAGAAGGAGCCUACCUCUAAUUCAGAUUCAGCAAACACAACAAAUGGGUCAUCAUCUGAUUCAAAACAUAACAUUGCUUCCAACACUGAAGAGGAGUCCAAAAAGAAAGAGUACCUGAUGACACUUGCCAUCCUGGCUGCAAGCGUCACAUACCAGGCCGGCCUAAACCCGCCGGGUAGCAUCUGGCAGGAUGGAGGGAAUGUGGGUAACCCCGUGAUGCGUGACAACAACUACCCUCGGUACAACGCGUUCUUCUACUGCAACUCUACAUCCUUUAUGGCAUCCAUUAUUGUCAUCAUCCUGCUGCUACAGCAGUAUCAAAAGAAGUAUGGUGGUUUCCUGCUCUAUGCCAUGAAUAUGGUCAUCGUGGUCGAUCUGCUCGGCCUCCUUGGGGCUUACGCGGCCGGCAGCUGCAGAGACUGGGAGACGUCUGGGUAUGUCAUCGCUCUGGCUGUUGUUGUGCUUGCCUGCAUCAUGAUCCACUUCAUGUUGUUGUACCAUAAUGGAAGGUCCAAAGGAAGGGUGGGAGGAGUCCAAGAGAUUAACACACUUCCGGUCAACCAUAGUUAAAAAAAUUGAGCUAGAGUGCAUAUAUCAUAUAUACUUGUGUUCAUUUGAUUUAUACCAUCACAUGGUUGUUCUAUGAAUCCAGUAGAUCUUCCUUGUUUUCCAUCUUUAAGAUAUUGUCCCGUGCUUAUGUAUAGAAGUUAAUUUGUAGUUAGUGGUGUGCCAAUAAGUUUGGUCAGCUACUUUAAGCUAUAUAAUGAAAUGGAUUUGCUAAACUACAUAUGAAUAUAUAAACUUGAGAGCAAAUCUUGGAAA